AUGCAGGUAGUAGGAAUAAUAGGAUUUCGAGUAGCCUAUUGGAAACCAUUGAUAUUCGGGAUCGUUUUCGACUCUGCCAAUAGCAUAGAAGAUUUUUCCUCCACUCCUAUUCUGGAAAAUAUAUUGGUGAACCUUGGCAGGGGCCCUAAGGAAACUUGUCCUCGGCGGAGUGUUAAUAAAUCGAUCGAGAUUAAAGCCCUUAACAGGGAUAUAAAGAAAACAACAAUGUUGUUGCCAAUCGUACCUACAGUAGUCACGAAGGUCCACGACGACAAAGAUUUUGAUGCGAAUUAUUACCAUCACUUGUUUCGUAAACAACUAAAAGAGGGUCAGUUGGAUUUGCACGAAUUGCAAAAGUUGGUGGAGUUGAGGAAGCAGCAGCAACAGCAGCAGCAGCAGCAGCAGCAAGUUUACAAGUUGCAACUAUUCUUGUCACCAAAUGAUUCUUAUAAUCGCAACAACAACCGGAAUGACUAUCGCAAUGUUUUACAAAAUCAGCAACGAUUACAACGGACUCCUGCAAACACAAAUGAGGAAAAAUGUGCAGCGAAAAAUCAAUUGCAGCAGCAGGAACAGCCGAAGCUGGAGCCGAAGACUCCUGCACCAGACCCGGGACUCCAGUUGGAUCUACAGCUGGGAGAGGAGCCAACACCGAACCAGAUGCCGGAUUUGAAGGAAUAUGAUUCAAAACCGGUAUCUUUGUUUGAUCUACUGGAGAAUGUAGAGCUGGAAGAUGUAAAGCUCGAGGAUGUAAAGCUCGAGGAUGUAAAACUGGAGGGUGUAAAGCUGGAUGAGAAAUUGGGGAAUUUAAAUAGAAAACCGGAACCCAAGUUUGAGCUGGAGGAGUCAAACCUCCUACAAUUACACGAAAAUCUGAAGCCUAUAAAAUCGCUGUCGAUUUCGAAAUUAGGCUCGCUGUACGAAGAAAACUGUGCGCGAAGAAAAUUUGCAAAUAUAAUGGAAGAUUCUGAAGAUAUAUUCGCUGAUUCGGAAAGUAAAAAUCUUCCUCUUCCGCAAAAAAUCAUAGACUUUGAAGAUCAACAGUUCAAAGCUUAUUCCGCGGCGCGCACAAUAAAACUCUUAAAGCGCCAAAUGUUUAUGAAUAAAAGAUCUCCAUACGUAAUACUGAGGCCCCGUAUAAAGCGCUCCCGUGAUUUCUUUGAAGUGUAUCACGCAUCAUUCAGUGCCAUUCGGACUUCAGUUAAAAAUGUGAAAAAUUUUAAUUGCCAUAGUUCACAGUUUUUAAAAUCUUUAGAGACAAAUAAUCCAGUUCCCUCAAAUUCUCCAGAGGCACAUAGUUCAGGUUCCUCAACUUCUUCAGAGGUAGAUAACUGCCUUCACUACAUGUCGGACGAAGAAGAUAAGUACUUGACGCGCUGCAAAAACAAAGCAGCGAGAGCAUUUAAAAAUGCCGAGGAGGAAUGCUUGAAGGAGUGGCACUCGUGGAAGCAAAGUGAUUCCUUCCAGACUGAUUUAUCCGAAGACGAGGCGAUUGAUUCAAGGACUGCUAUAAAAGAAGAGCAGCAAAGCUGUCAACAUCAGCUCAACAUGUCUCAGAGGAUGGCACAGUUUUCAGUCCGGACGUCACCAUCACUUCUGAAACCAUUAUCAUCAAGAGCUUCGUAUAAGUCACCAGGAACUUCGUAUACAUCAUUAGAAGCUUCGUAUACAUCAUCAGAAGCUUCAUCAUCAUCAUCAGAAGCUUCAACGUCAUCAUUAGAAAUCUUACCAUCACCGACGGCAAUCAAAAAUUCGAUGAACAACGAGGACAAUCAACGGAUCACUCGAAGGAAGCACGAAGAGAUACAACAGCAGAUGGCAUACAAUAUCAAAAAGAGCACUCUCAACGACCACUGCUAUCACCAAACGAAUGUAUCUGAAACCCUUCAAGUAUUCAAAGAGGAAUUAGAGACAGAAGAAUCCGAAGAUGAAGAGGCAAUCAUUGAUGUCGUGUCAGUCAAGACUGGCAGAAAGCAAGUAUCGUUCGCAAAGCAGGUGACGCGCUUUGAUGUGGCGUUACAACGCAAAGUAAAAUAUGAAGACUCGGACGAUGACGAGGAGCCCCCCCCUGUUCCUCGCCGGCCUCGUGGUAGACCACCGGGUUCCUCAAAACGAAAAGCCAAUCGAUCUGGGGCCGUCCCAAAACGUACCCGCAUUCAGACUAAUGUACAUAUAGAUGAUCAACAGUCUGAACAGCCAUUCACAUCAUACCAGUAUCAAAAUUCGAUGCGACAGUUCGCGCUACAGCGUGAUUCAUCCGAGGAUACGGAAAGAAGGCGGCUACAUAAUGAUAUGGAGCGACAACGCCGAGUAAACAUGAAACAAUCCUACGAACAUUUAAGAAUGGAGGUGCCAGCGGUUGCGGACAAUGACAGAGCGUCGAAGGUGUCCAUUCUGAAGCAGGGGGCGACGUUUAUUAAGUCGCUAACCGAACUUGACAACGUCUUGAAAAUUAAAGCCAUACCUCUGAGGCAGAAGAAUGCGAUGCUCAAAAGACAACUGCGCAAACUCGAAAGGCAACUACAAAACGAGAAAUUGUUGUCAACGGCGUAGGCAAAUUUUCAUCUUUUUCUUACAGAAAAUUAAAAUUAAAGCGACACUGGACAUCUAUCCGAUUCUUUGCAACGCGUACAUGACAUCGACAUGUAA